GUUUCUGGUCCCUUCAGGGCUCUCCUUCUUCCAGAUGCUGUCUCAGCUGUACGACCUCAAUCGGUGCCGAACGCCGCAGGGUACAUACGGAACCUGCGGAGACAUCACGCGCUGUAUCUACCUGCUUCUAGACUUUUCGAGGCUCCGACAGUCCAUCUGCUUCCAGAACUUGGUCUUUCCCGGAGUGUGCUGUCCAGGAAGGCUAGUUCCGACCACCACGACCACGCCAGCGGCAAACACAGCGUUAACGGCAACUACGACCAGCGCUCCUCCGCUAGGCGGUGUCUCCACGCCGCAGACGCCGGCAUCCCUAGAAGAGCCUUUCACGGAGUCCAACUUCAUCGCGGUCUCCGUGGUCGAAGGUUCCAACAAGUCGUCGACGACCUCGAUGUCGACCGCCUGGACCACGGCGUACCCGGUCGGGACGGCGACCACGCGUAGGCCGCGGCCGACUACCACUCGGAGGGCCCAGUCGAGACCACCUUCCUCGUUCACCGUCGCGCAGGUGGUGACGAGCCCCGUCAUAGUUACGACUGUUACCAGCAGGCCCACAACAAUGGUCUUCAUCGACCACAUUGCACAAGUACCCAGGCCACGCCCACCGAGGCCUCCACGGCCUCCACGGCCACCCAGACCUCCUUCUGCCCCUCCUCCUCCACCACAGCCGAUGCCUUCGCCUGCGAUGCCUCCGCCGUCCGUAGCCCAGUUGCCAUCGGUGGGGCUGUCCGGACCCUCUCCGCUCUUGCCACCACCGGCGCCCACAAGGCGUUGUGGUCACGCCGGUCGGGACGGCAGAAUUGUCGGAGGCCAUGAAGCGUCGCCAGGACAAUGGCCUUGGAUGGCUGCCAUAUUUCUCGAAGGUCGACGCGGACGAGAAUUCUGGUGCGGCGGGGCACUCAUCAACGAGCGCUACGUUCUCACAGCCGCUCACUGCCUUUCCCAUCCAUCGGGUUUCAGGUACCGUCCCGCACAGCUGAGCGUGCGUCUGGGCGAGCACCAUAUCUACAGCGACCGCGACCACGCGCACCCGGUGGACUUUCGCGUCGACGCAGCGCUGCAGCACCCGCGGUUUGCCCGGCACGGCUUCUACAACGACAUCGCGCUGCUGCGUCUCGCGGAAUCAGCGCAGUUCAACGAGGCCGUGCGUCCGAUCUGCUUGCCGGAGGCCACCGCGACUGCCGCCUCCUCAACAACAGCUGCGACGUCCACAGCGGGGGCAUCGAAGGCACGGGACCCCAUCGCGGGUCUCAUGGCCACCGUCAUAGGAUGGGGAACGCUGUCGUACGGCGGUUCCAACAGCGGCACUCUGCAGCAGGUGUCAUUCCCCAUCUGGCACAACGAGGAUUGCGACAGGCGCUACGUGCAGCCAAUCACGCGCGGUUUCCUCUGCGCCGGAUACAUCGAGGGAGGCAAGGACGCCUGUCAGGGCGACUCCGGGAGUCCGCUGAUGGUGCGCGACCGGGAUCGUCAUUGGCUCGUCGUGGGCGUGGUCUCGUUCGGGAGUCGAUGCGCGGCCGCCGGCUUUCCGGGCGUCUACACCAGGGUCAGCGAGUACGUCGACUGGAUACGACGCAACAGUCGGCCCUGACCGUGGACGUCCGUCGCCACCUCCCGCCGCUAUGCGGCCUUUAUAGACCGGUUUAUCACCACACGUGCCUCCCGCCGACACAAGGACGCCGCUAGGCGACGUGCGGCGUCUCGCAAGAAACGAAGCUUGUGUCGUCGGCGCAGUGGUGACACGCGUUGCUUUCCGUGACACGGUCUGAUCUGCGCAUACCUCGGAAGCCUCUCAACAGUCCUUAGCGGGGCAGGUGUGACUGCCAGCGUGACACCGGUUGUGCCCGUUGAGUUGCGGAAAGUGCGGUACACGUAGAGAGAAGUGGCAGUUUGCCCGUAGUGACAUACCAGCAAUAAAACGGCGCACGAAAGUUUG